AUGGCCGAGGAAGUAGACAGGACGACGACCUUGCCGCCGCUUCCCUUACUGGCCGCUGAUGACCCAUCGGUACGUGCCAAGGUCCAGAAACCACGCAAAUGCAUUUUGAACGAUGAUCAUAUCGAAAUAUGGCGGGAGAGUGAGACCCACGAUCUCCUUGUCCUGUUUUUGAUGCGGCUUGGCGAAGCGUGUGUCGAUGCGCCUACGCGCUGCAUUAAAUGGUCUUCGAGCGCCUACACACACUCGCAAUCGUUCACUGAUCAUAUCCUUUCCCUCCUCAUUAAGCUCGAUGGAUGGACAGAUGAGAUUGCACCACAGACUGGCCCACAGCGUUUCGGCAAUCUCGCCUUCCGCACUUGGGGCGCGCGGCUGACGGAGCAGGUCGAGUCUCUGCACCGCCAACUGUUGCCAGAGCAUCUGCAAGCGUAUAUACCUGAAUUAUCUGCGUACUUUCUGGAUGCCUUUGGCUCCUUUGUGCGGAUUGAUUACGGCACUGGUCACGAACUGCACUUUGUCGCUUGGCUAUGCUACUUGACGCGCCUUGGCGCAUUUGGUAUACCAUGCACACCGGACGAAGAGACCCGCUUGGCGCUUGAGGUAUUUCCCGCAUAUCUUCGUGUCGUAUGGCACCUGCAAGACCGGUACGCUUUAGAGCCAGCCGGAAGUCAUGGCGUGUGGGGUCUGGACGAUUACCAGUUUGUGCCCUAUAUUUUUGGCGCUGCACAGUUGCGCCAUGCGAACCUCUCACCGCUUCAGAUGACAGAUAUGGCACUCUACCCCUUUGUGCAUCAACAUACGCCGCGUGGCCAUGCGCGUCUAUCGCCUGCAGAGACGCUUGCUUACGAGGCCCCGAAACCGUUUGGGCCACAGCCGAACCUGUACACAUCUUCCCUCGCGCGUGUCCACUCCCUCAAGCGCGGUCCUUUUAUGGAGCACUCACCAAUUCUCUAUGAUAUUGCUCAGAAUGUGCCGACAUGGGUAAAAGUGUAUAAAGGGAUGUUGAAGAUGUACGAUGCUGAGUGCCUCUUAAAACGCCCUGUCGUCCAGCACUUCCCUUUUGGCAAUGUUGGGUUCCCUUGGCCGUCGACCAGUGCCACUGCGUCGUCCAGCCGCCACGGCACGACCUUCCCACCACCGGCCCACUAA